AUGGAAGCCAAAUUCUUUCGGUUUCUUAAGAUUGUGGGGGUUGGGUACAAAGCAAGAGCUGAAGCUGCAGGACGCCUCUUGUUUUUGAAAUUGGGAUACAGUCAUGAGGUUGAGCUGACUGUUCCGCCGGCUGUUCGUGUUUUCUGCUUCAAAAACAAUGUAGUCUGUUGCACUGGACUAGACAAGCAAAGAGUGCACCAGUUUGCUGCUACUGUUCGUAGCUGUAAGCCGCCUGAAGUGUACAAAGGCAAGGGUAUAAUGUAUGCUGACGAAGUUAUCAAGAAGAAACAAGGAAAGAAAUCAAAAUGA